AUGUCGGGCGAAAAAGAGGGCGAAAUGCAGAGUUCUAAGCCGAAAAAAUCUUAUGAAUUCGACGAUCUUUUAGCCAUGGUUGGCGGCUUCGGUCGAUAUACCUUUCUUCUUUAUGCAUUCAUGUGUGUAAUGUCUCUUCCCAUCGGACUACAGCAACUGGUCCAAGUGUUUUACGGUGCCACUCCAAAGUAUUCCUGCGCUGCCUUUUCGAACGCAGAGGGAAACAAAACUUGUAUCGUUCUAAAAGGUGGAACGUGCUGUGAAAAAUGCACCGACUACAACUUCAGUAAUCGUUUGACUAGUGCAGUCACUGAGGUAAGGGGUACUUCUUAAUUGACUCAAGAUCCCUUAGAUUCACCAGUUUCGAACUAUAGGCUGAUAAGAAACCUGAAUAUUAAAGUAAUUGCUUCUCUGUAGAUUUUACAUCGUCACAUGAAAAUUUAUUCCCGUACUAUAGAGAGCUAUAGAAGGAUGAAGUGAAACCAUCUAUCAUACAGUGGUCAUAUGGCAUAAGAAAACUAAUCAAACUUCACCUCUGAUUUUCUUUUAAAAUUGUGAAUUAUACCUUCAGAUAACCCUUCUCAUAAAAGCCGCCAAGUAUACGAGUCGAAUUAUCGAGGCUGAGCUGAAAUCAAAUUACCGGAAAUUGGAAAAUUAUUCUUUUAUUAAUACUUUUAUAAUUUUCUUGCAGUUCUAUUUACACUGCGCGCUGAAUGUCCCGUCGAAAAACACCAAAACGACACCGCAAAACUUCCGUUUUUCUUGUUUGGUUAUAUAUACAUGUACAUAACUCGUCGACACACCGAAAGGCGAACAUAGAGUUUACUUACUCUUUAAUGAAUAAGGACUAUUUCUUUUGCAGUACACGUGGUUCUAUUCCCUGUAUACUUCCCUAUGUCACAGCCAGUAUUUCAAUAUAAGUUUCAAUAGUUUAUUCUUAUCUUUAAAACGGAACUCAGCUUUAUCAGAAUUACAUCCCAAGAUUUCAAAUUCGAUUUUAACACAAUAACUUUCAAAUCGCAAAAGCUCUGUAGAGAUGAGUGUUUAUUCAGCCGUUUUACUAUUUGUUUUACCAGUAAUUAACCUUAGAUGGGUAAAACGAAGCUGCUCAAACACUUGCCUUUUCGGUUUGAUCUUUGUAAUUACUUCUGUAGGUUUUUAAAUUCUAUUUUGGUAUUAUUAUUUCAUUUGUUAUACCAAAGUGAAACAACUACAAUUAUUUUCUUAUACCAAAGAUCGUUUACACCUCCUCUUAGUUAAUUACCUACUCCGGAACACAUUGUCAGGGAUUUAAAUCACAUUUUGUAUACGUUUUUAUGGAAAGGUAAAGAUGAAGUAACAGGUGCGUCAACAAUAAAUAAUUAUGAAGAAGGAGGCAUCAAAAUGGUGGAUAUUGAAAGUUUGAUAAAUCUCUUCGUCUUUCCUGGCUUAAACGAAUAUUUAGUGACGACUCAGGCGAGUGGAAAAACUACCUAGAAUACAUCUUGAAAGAUUCGGGAGGUCUAAUGCUUUUUAAAUGCAAUUAUAAUGUUAAGGAUCUUCAAAUUACCUCUACCUUUUAUUCAGAACUACUUAAAUGGUGGUCGGAACGGCUCCGAGAAGAUAACGAUUGGCAUUAUGUAAUUUGGAAUAAUCGAGACUUUAGAACAGACGACAAGCCCUUUUUCUACCAUUGGUAUCUGGGAAAUAGGAGACUUACAUUUUGAUCUCAGCAAUACGGAAUCCUACGAACAGAUCGAAAAAAUGUUACAAAGACAAACUUCCUUGAAUGGACUAGUAUGAAACAUUCAAUACCAACCAACUUAAAAGUUCUUAAUCGCUCGGAUUCGAGUACCUUUAAUGCAAUACCUUCCUUUAAAAUCAAUGGCGGCGUAUUCGACAUAGCAGAAAAGAAAUCAAAAGAUUAUUAUCCUUUUUUGAUAAAAAAGAAGGCUUGUCUCCCAAAUUAUACACAAAAAUGAAAGACAGUUCUCAGAAAGGCAUUUCUCUUGCCCCAUUCUAUCGCGUUUGAACCUCAUGUCAAGCCUUUCUACUUAAAGUACUCAAUUCUAUACUUUUUACCAACUCAAAGUGUUUAAGAUUGGGUACAGGACAGACAACGUGUGCUCUUUUUGCAAAAAGGAAUCAGAAACUAUAAGACAGUUCUUUUGGGACUGCCCUUAUUCGAAUUUAUUCUGGAAAUGUGUUGAAUCAUAUUAUUUUGGGUUGCGAAAACAACUACUAGUUCACCCGACAUUAAAGGAAAUUUGGAUCGGCUUUUUAACUUCCGAAUGCCCCUUCUUAAUUAUCUCAUACUUGAGGAAAAAUAUAUUUAUGAAGUUCCAGAAGGAAUAAAGUACUCCCAACCAUAAACAGUUUUAUAUUUAGAGAAAACUGUAAAUAUGAAAUAGAAAAAUAUAUUUGCACUAAGAAUAAGAGUUUACAAAAACUAAUGGACAAAUGGAGUUUGUAAUCUAGUUAAUUGUCUUCUUUUACAAAAAUGAUUAGUUUCUUCGUUUUUGAAUAGCACUUGUAAAAUAACAGUAGGUAUAGCUUGCUGGUGAUUGUGGAAUUGCAUGUGUGCUUAGGUGUGUAGUGCGUUUGUGCAUGUAUGCUUUGUGAUAUUACUUCGGUAGGUUACAGAAGGGAAAUGGUUUAAACAUCCAUCUCUGCAAUUUCCUGUUCGCAAUUAGCAGAACUAAGAAACGCAGGAAAGUCGUUGAUUGAAUGACACAUAGUCGCUUAUUCACAUCCUUGAUUGCUGUAUGUUAUUAUUGUAAGUACUCAAACUGUUUUAGAUACUUUGGAGAUUAUUUUAUGCCGUUUCUUUACUCCGAAGUAGGCGAAGUAUUGUUCUUGUCUAUGAAAACCGUAUUUGGAAUUUCAAAUUAGUCUAUAGUAUAAUGUACUGAUUUCUAAUCAGUAUUCAAGAGAAAAGCGCGCGGAAUACGUAAUGACUUUUCAUGACACCUGUGUUUACUUAACCUUGAGCGAAAUACUGAGUCGACUUUCUAACUUUUUUUUUUAACUUUAAUAUAUUUUCCAUCUAGUUAUUUAUUCUGCUGUAAAACUCAUUUGAGUUGAAAGAAUCGCCGAAUGUUUAUUUGAACUACAUUAGCAUAUCGAGAACACAAAUAAGCGAGCUUGUACAUUGUUCAAUUUGAAUUUCUUGAGUUGUCUACGAGUUAACUACGUGAGAAGAUUAAACAUACUUGAAGAGUUCCAAUCCUGUGGAAGUCAUUUCUGCUAAUUUGCUUUACGGACAAGUUACUAACGACCCUGUACCUCUGGCUUUGUUUGUGACGUUGGCCGCGCAGUCCAGCGAAGUGUUCUACCAAGCUUUAGUCCCAUUCCGUCCUUCAGUUAUUCCGAAUCGCCCGGUCAAUUAUCCUUCUAUUUUAGUCCAGCAGAUUGGUGCAGAAUUUUAGAUGAAUUGUGGGAUUUAUGGUAAAAGCAUCAAAUUUGGCACACAGUUAGAGAUACAUUGGGUAAUUAAUUUUAGCCAUGGACCCACCUAGGAUCCGCCCCCUAAUUUGUAUAAUUUAAUGAUCGCGAAUGAUAAUUGAUAGCCAAAAAGGUUUUCACAGCAAGAAAUGGGGCAAAAGAGGAUUAUUUUGGCACUUAUGAAGUACUUCAUAUCGGCUCAGCACGCUCACAAGCUUUCGUAUGAUGAUAUCAAAUAAAUUGCUAGUUUCUUAUUUCGCAAUGAUGAUAAACGAUUCAAAGGUUCGAUAACUUCACCUUUCCAAGAUCACUGUUUCAGUUAUGAAAAAUUAAUUCACAUGCGGUAGGCAAAUAACAAAAGGUGGAAAUGCUAAAAAAAAAACCAAUAAGCUUUGGCUAAGAAGAUACAGUAGAUCUGUUCAUCAAGUUUUGGAGAAAGAAGCAUCAUUAUAAUGGUUGGAGGGUUGCAUACUGACCUUGCCGAGGCGAUGUCAAGGCAUUGGGGCACUGGAUUGAGAGUGGUGGUUAGACAAGCUGUAUUUAAUUAGUGCAGUUUGGCAUAACAGCCACUGGAAUGGACGACUCCUUUCUCACGCAAGGCGUCACAAAUUCACUCACCUGACAUGCCCACGAGAUUACUGCCUGUGCUUUGUACAUAUUGAUGGAUAAGGUGUAUAAGAACUACUUGGAAAGCAGCUCUGAAAGAGAAGAACCCAAAACGUUCACAGUAGAGUGGCGCAAGCAUGCAGAGUUUUUUAGUCCUUAGUUACACCAGUGGUCUCUCACCCUUCACUUUGAGCUUACCAUAUUGAUAUUUAUAUGUGCAUAAGGUUUUUUUUCUAGUUCAAUUUUGUUUAAACCCAUUCAGCUAUUGAUUCACGGUCUAUAAACAGUUAAAAAUCGAUGUCAAAUAUAAUAUUGUACAAGAGUCUCGUUUUCAUGCUAACCAACCAGUGGGUCAAAUUUUUACCUUAAAUUAUACAAAGUAAGGGACGGAUCCCAGGUGGAUCCAUAGCUAAAAUUAAUUACCUAAUGUAUCUCUACCUUUCUGCCAAAUUUGAUGCUUUUACCAUAAAUCCCACAAUUUUCACAACAAUCUGCUGGACUAUUUGUGCGCAUUUUAUGAGAGUUAAAGACGAGGAACACCCUAACAACCUAACGUCACACCUAUAUACUUUUACGAAAGUAAUGCAUCGUAUACACAUCACAAUCGUAUUUUGUACCAUAUCGAUCUUUUUGGGAUAUGCAAUACAAUCGGUAACAAAAUUAGUUAAUUAAGACACUUCAAUUGCAAGGACAUUUCUGACGUUUUGCCGACAUAAUCUACUUCAAAAGCGACAAAUAAAGCUUUACCUCAUCCACGCCCUCUAAACAAUGUUGUUCCCUUACUGCUCAAGCAGGAAACGACAAACAACCUUAUUUUGAACGGAGGGGGUAGAGAAGGGGUACAGCCCGGGGGGGGGAGCAGAAUGUUUUAUUCUCCAAAAUAUACCCCAUUCUCAACAAUUUUGUUUGUCAAUGUUAACUAAACGAUAAAACAAGUUGUCAGUAAGCGAAGAAUCCCGAUCCUAAAGAGAGACGCAAGACGACGAUAUUUAGGCUUAUACCCAGCUUACAUGCAUUAGGUAACUUAUAUUGGAUUUCACUUGACUUCGAAACUGGGGAUGCAAGUUCAAGCCACAACGUUGCGUUGAAUAUGGUUUAAUUUAUCAAGGGUUACUGAAAAGAAAAAGAACUCAAGAAAUUUAAGGGCUCGAGUAGCUGUUUCUUUAGAAACAAAUUAAUUUUAAAUCAAGUGAGUGCCCUCUUAUUGGUCAGAGUAGAUAUUGAGAUCUGAUAUUGGUCGCUGAAUAAAAAAACCCAGAUUGUCUUCCAAAAUCGUCAUCCAGUACUUGCAAUAUGCAACAAGUUACGUGGGCUUUGUUCACUAGCUCUUGAGAUGGAGUGCGAAACCAUUAAGCGCAACCACGAGCCAAAAUUGGGGAUAGAGACUGCAAUAUCUAAUAUUUGUACUUUCUAUAUGGUUGCUUGAAGCGACGUACAUCCCCAUGUAUCUCUGAUUAUUGUUUUUGAGUGCAAUGUUGUUCUGUCUGUUCAGACAAUAUCAUGCACAGUCUAUUUAGCAACUUAUUUUUACCUUGGUAACUAAAGCUUGCGAUGAGAAACGCUUAUGUGUAGACUAUUCACGGUCUCCUAUUUUUUCGUAAGGUCGUCGGGAUCGAGCGUUUUACAUUGAAACCAAGAUUCCUGCCCAUAAGGGUGGAUACCCCAGGAGGUGUACUGCGGAUUUCAAGCGACGGGGAUGAUCGAAUGGGGCAAAACUCAAAGCCCAAAAAAAUCCCUAGGGCUUCCUACAAAACCUCAAAAAAAAAUCCCACCCAGGGGUGAGUGCUCGAUCCCGAAGAUCUUAAACGGAAAACAGGGGACUUUGAACAGUCUACCUAGGUAAAAGGCGACAAAGGGUGGAUCGUAGGCAGCCUUUUUUCCUCCUGCUAAGUUGACUGAAUAUUUAGCAACUUAUUUUUACCUUGGUAACAAAAGCUUGCGAUGACAAACGCUUAUGUGUAGACUAUUCAAGGUCUCCUAUUUUUCCGUAAGGUCGCCGGGAUCGAGCGUUUUACAUUGAAACCAAGAUUCCUGCCCAUAAGGGUGGAUGCCCCAGGAGGUGUACUCAGGAUUUCAAGUGACGGGGAUGAUCGAAUGGGGCAAAAUCACAACCCAAAAAAAUCCCUAGGGCUUCCUACAAAACCUCAAAAAAAAAUCCCACCCAGGGGUGAGUGCUCGAUCCCGAAGAUCUUAAACGGAAAAUAGGGGACUUUGAACAGUCUACCUAGGUAAAAUGAGACAAAGGGUGGAUCGUAGGCAGCCUUUUUUCCUCCUGCUAAGUUGACUGAAUAUUUAGCAACUUAUUUUUACCUUGGUAACAAAAGCUUGCGAUGACAAACGCUUAUGUGUAGACUAUUCAAGGUCUCCUAUUUUUCCGUAAGGUCGCCGUGAUCGAGCGUUUUACAUUGAAACCAAGAUUCCUGCCCAUAAGGGUGGAUGCCCCAGGAGGUGUAUUGCGGAUUUCAAGUGACGGGAAUGAUCGAAUGGGGCAAAAAUCAAAACCCAAAAACAUCCCUAGGGCUUCCUACAAAACCUCAAAAACAUCCCAUCAAGGGGUGGGUGCUCGAUCCCGAAGAUCUUAAACGGAAAAAUAGGGGACUGUGAACAGUCUACUUAGGUAAAAUGCGACAAAGGGUGGAUCGUAGGCAGUCUUUUUUCCUCCGGCUAAGUUGACAAGGAACUGAGUCAAAGAAGGAAGGUACCGGAAAGUUGAAUCGAGGAGCGAUGAUGAUGAUAUGCCUCAAACUUUCUUUUUUGCCGUGUUUAACUUAGUCUCUGAUUUUCUUUCGCAGUGGGACCUAGUAUGCGAGAGAAGGCACCUAAAAGCUAUGACCCAGUCCGUUUACAUGGGAGGACUAUUGGUUGGUUCAGUCGCCUUCAGUACACUGUCUGAUCAUUUUGGUCGCAAGGUCGUAGUUUUCCUAAGUAUCUUAAUCAUGGUGAGUAUUGCACGAACCGUUUUUGAAAUGUGAUUGUUUGAAUUGUUUUUCGUGAAUAGCUGGAACCAAUGCCAGCAAACAGGUGACUUCGUAAUCUUACGCUCUUUUUGUUUGACGUCAAAAGUUGGUGCACAAAGUUUAAGGCCACGUAAGAUGGGUGGAGAGAAUCAAAAUUUUCAUCCUUAUGAUGAAAAGAAUAUUGGGUGAAGUUUAAACAUCGUCUGUCCACAGUACAAAGUGACACAAAAAAUACAUGCGUAAUUCUUGUUUGACAAACUCCCUCACUUGUCGGCAAAUUAAAAACUUAUUCACAUUAACCAAUAUUCUGUAAGAUACAUACACCAACUAUGGCCAGUUAGCAGGGGAGACAUAUUCAACGAAAUGAACAACAAUAAAAUACUAAGGACGAGGUGAGCUAAAAAAAAUUGAAUAAAUUGGAUCACUAUUGACAUGCAUAGAAUUCUUGUCCAAGUUUUCGAUUGGCCUUGACUCGACUUGACGGCCACUUAAUAUCUCAUGAUACCAUGCCUGACAGCGAAAAAGCAUCCAUAAAAUGUCCUCUAGUUGUUUUUACAAAUCAAGAAAGAAAUUAUCAAUGUUCGUACACGGAAAAGUUCAGCGGUUAUUGCGCUUGCACUUCUUAGAUAUGAGAUGGUCCUAGCCACAAAUGAUAUCACGGCCCACUCGUAAAACGGAUAGCUUAUUAUCCGAAGUUUACUUGAAUAUAAUUAACUGAAGGUAUUGUACUAUCCAAGGAUUAAUAGUACAGUCAACACUUGCUAAGAAGCAGACGCCUGUGUGAAUGGCACUACAUGUACACAUGUAUAUGUGUUCGUCUAAUAGAGAGUCAAAUAAAAGGAGGAAAAGAAAUCAUUGUAUGGCAGCCUACUCCUAUUGUUUCUGCAUUGUCUCUUGAAAAUGUGAGAAUUGUUAUUUACUGUAAAGUUCAUAAGAGACCGAAAACGGCGGUUGCCUUUAAAACCUCAAUUUUGCUUGCAAAGCCUAAGGGUAGCCCACUUUUCACAGGCGACGUUUUUCAAUAGGCGCUUUUCUGCAAUGUGCGUGGACCAACUCUAGGUGUCCGUUUUAAAUAGGUGUCCGUCUUAAAGAGAGUCAAAGAAUAUGACUGAAGAACGACAGGAACCAACUCAAGGUGUCCGUCUUAAAGAGGUGUCCGCUAAGAGGGUGUUGACUGUUUUACGUAUAUUUUUUUUACCACAGGGAGUAGGUGGUACAGUUUCCGGCGUCGCCGACUGUCUUUCAUUGUUCUCAUUGUUUCGUUUCGUGACUGGAGCUGCUACAGCCGGCUGCCUUCUCGUUCGAUUCGUAUACUGCAUGGAGAUCAUACAAAUUGACCAUCGUACUACCGCAGGGAUUGUGAACAACAUUUUUGUCAGCAUAGGUUUUUGUAUCCUGUCGUUCCUCGCUUAUCUUAUUCGUGACUGGAGGUAUCUUAUGCUGACUGUGUCUCUACCAGGACUUCCACUGCUUCUCUGUUUGUGGUAGGGAUGUUUUGCUUGUUGCUCCCUUACGAUGCAUGCUCACCAGAAGUCCCGCCCAGAAGUAUAUAACGGAAUAAGUAGCACGCUCUCAUUUUAGUCCUAUGGUGUCCUUAGGCUUCGAUAAGUUUCAAGGGAGUUAAAGCAGCCGACGUUUUUGAGCGACGCAGGUCGACCGGAAGUUGACUUUUGGAACUCUUGAGCAACGAUUUUGAACAAAUUUUGGCCAAAUCGUUUCUGUAAGGGUACAGACACUUAGCAAUACAAACUUGGUAGCGUCAAGGUAUUUAAAAAGAGAAAAAGGCUCACUUCCGGUUGACGUGCCUCUCUCGAAAUUGUCGCUCGCCACUUUAAAAACGAGAAGGAAGCUGGGCCGGGUUUACAUACGCAAAGACUUAUGGGACUGUUGCUAGAGACGAGGAAAAAAUUGACCAAUAGCUGAGCGGCGCGUCCCCGGUUACGAUCCUGGAAACAAUUGCGGGACGUAUUUCGGCUCCAGUGCCUUUCUCGUCUCUAAAGUGGCGAAUAAAAGUUUAGGGAAAGUAACAAGGGUUGUGGGAAAUGCUGGGAAGUAACACGUGUAUUAGACUUUUCUCAAAAAAUUGACUUCGUCAACUAAAUAUACGCCAGAGAUGUAAGGCUCAAAUUAACCUGGCCUGUAUCCCUUUUUAUCUCAUGGUAAUAAGCGGUCGGGGAAGAUCAAUAAAAUCUCACCCUGUGAUAAAAAAAAAAUGAUUUAAAACUAAAAGCUAUUUUCUACAUUUUUAUGCAAGGAUGAGGGAAACACAGCAACUAAAACCUAACGAUUUGGCUUCCUUUCUGACCGGUACUUGAAAAUGUAGCAUUAUCUGAUGGAGACGUAUAUGUGUUCCAUGGCCUGCACAAAAUAAGUUCCCUAUUUACCUUUAUCGGGAAGGUUUGGGAAUAAUAUUGACCUGGGCCAUUUUCAAAAACCAUUCUAAGAUUGCACUUGGUAAGCAAACAUCUUUUGUUCUUUUCGUUUAUUUCAAAGGAUUAUUCCAGAGUCCCCUCGCUGGUUGAUCGCCAAGAAUCGUCUGGGCGAAGCUCAUGAGCUGCUAAUGAAAUACGCGAGGAAAAAUCGAGUUGAUAUCGACUCAGCACAACUCAAACACGCCAUACAAGAGUUUAAGAAGGAAGAAGAAAAGAAUGGCAAUCAGAUUAAGAAAACCUAUGGUAUUCUAGACAUGAUCAGAACACCGAGGCUUAGGAAAAGAACUUUGAUUUGUGGAUUUAACUGGUGAGUCUGUAUAUAAAUGUAAACCUUCACAUGUGACUACUUUCUUGCUUUCGGCAGCGGCCAACUCAGUUCCGCGAUGACUUCUCAGAUGGACAAAACUAAGGCGGAGAUCAAUCUCAGUUGCAAAGCUUUGUGCCUGUAUGUUGAGCGCAAUUUAAGACUUGACCAACAGAAUUCCAUAUUUUUGGAUCCUUUUGAGUCUCUACACUGAGUUUCUACUUCUCGUGCCGGUACCUCUAUGUAUACGCAAGUCAUUUGUUUUAUUACAUCCCCUCAAGGUGUAAUGAACCAGUUGCUCAUCUGAGAGCAAAUCUAGCGCAAUAGGCUUACCGCAAUAAUUCAAUCUUUCGAUUAAGCGCGCCCUAUUGUGUAAGUACCCUCAUUCCAAUACGCGCCCCUAUACAAGUUACAGCCCUUGCUACAGAAAGUGCCCCUAUUCUUUUUCAGUGAUAGCACUGUUAGAGUACAUUUACAUUGAGACCAAGUAGUGCAUCAAGCCAUAAGCAAAUCACGUGACAAUGAUCCCUAUGAUCUACGGAAUAACGAAUUGGAUGAAGAAGAUAGUGACCUGAAAGCUUUGUUAUUGGUCAAAGCAACACUGAAGCUAUCGACGUUGAACAGUUGAACAGACUAGUGACAUUCAAAAUUCCUCACCAUUAUUUACAGAAUAAGCGCCUUCCCUUGAAGUACCAUUAGUAAAUGAACUCCCCGGGCGCUAAAUCGAAGCAUUAAGGUGACUCCCAAAUACCUCCUUCUUUCAGGUUCGUGAACGCCUUGGUGUAUUUUGGAAUCAACUUGAACGUUGGAAACUUGGCAGGAGACAUAUACCUCAAUUUCUUUAUCUUGUGCAUCGUUGAAAUUCCCGGAGCAUUGAUACUCAUGUUUUUAAUGUCAAGGUAGUGUUUGUGAUAGUGUAACCCAAAAUUCCACAAAGCAAAAAUAAUCGAAAUUCGCCGACAAAAUCCCUCACGGUGACAAUAAAAGCCGAGUGUCCAUGUCAGUGACUAAACAUCUUAUUGAGGAAGGAAAAUCGACAAUUAAAGUAGACUUGUGACUUGAAACAUUUAAAAGUAAUAAGGGGUUUUGGUGUUUUGCUGAAAUGUGCGUUGUUCCUAUGGUCCGUUACUGCGUUAGCUCAAUAUAGUUUAUCAGUCUCACUAAAAACCGCCCAAACCAAUAGGUUUUUGGAGCAAUUGAUACCUACGAUUCAGUGGCGGAUUCAGAUCUUGAAGUAAGUGGGGGCCACGCUAAUUCAGAGCCUAAGAUAAGAAGGGGGCUGGCCUCGAAAAUAUUUUUCCUCCCUUUGCGGUCCUUAGAUUUGCCUUAAAAUAAGGUGGGGGCCAGGGGGUCGCCCCCCCUCCCCUAGAUCCGCCACUGCUAUUCCCUUACUAGUGUCCAUUUACAAAAACAUGUGUCUGUUUUGUAACCGUAGAGAGCCGUUUUACAAAGAGAAUGGAGAAAACGGUUUGAUACAUUUUUCCCUUUGCACCAGUCACUUGCAUUCUUCCAGGGUCUGUGUUCUGCUGUUUGCGUAUGUUUCAUAUGUUUAGCACCAGUUUACUUCCCCCCGCCCCGUUUUUUUCGCUAAGCAAGAUUUCUCGUGUUUUUAGCAUACAUUUAAUGCCAUUUCUCUGAGAUUUAGAUAUUUUCAGCUGUUACUUUGAUUGUUUGUGAAUGACCAGCUGAGUGACACCAGUUUGCUCCUUUGCAGA